UUGAGCACAUGUGUGGAGUCAGAGGCAGACAGCAGUGGAAGAGAGAGGUCAAGCCAAGCUGAACACACACUAUCCCAUACUCCGUCUUUUUGCUAUCAGACAGAACUGACCUGGGCAACAGCAAGAAGGAAACACGAUCGAAAUCCCCCUUGGAGCACCAAAAGUUCUGGAUUUGGGUCAAAGGCCAUCUGGCGGUCGCGUGGAAGUGUUUGUACACCCUUGUUGGUCACUCCACAAAGAGCCAAAGCCGACAUGUGUACGGGGAAGUGUGCCCGCUUCAUCGGAGUGUCGCUGUACCCUUUGGCGCUCACCUCGAUCAUCUGCAACAUUCUCCUUUUCUUCCCGGGCUGGGACGUCAAGUAUGCCAAAGAUGGAUACCUCACAGAGGAAGUCAAGUACAUGGGAGGCCUCAUCGGUGGAGGUAUCAUGGUUUUAAUACCAGCAAUACACAUUCAUCUGACAGGAAAGGGAGGUUGUUGUGCUAACCGUUGUGGGAUGUUCCUGUCAAUUGCAUUUGCUGCUGUUGGGGUUGCUGGUGCCCUCUACAGUUUCGUUGUGGCCAUGCUCGGUUUAGUCAAUGGCCCAUAUUGUAGAGUAGGAUUAAUCUGGAUGACUCCUUUUAAAGACAAGGAAAACAGCUACCUUAAUAAUCAGGACUCUUGGUUCCUGUGCUCUGCACCUGACAACGUGAUCAGGUUCAAUAUAGCUCUGUUUAGCACUCUGGUGGCAGUGAGCGGUGUGCAGACGAUACUGUGCUCCAUCCAGAUGAUCAAUGGCCUCUUCGGUUGCCUGUGUGGCACCUGCAAAUCCAAAGGGCCUUAUUGACUUGCGCCCUCUGGUGGCAGACAACAUAAGUGUCAACGUCUCACAUGCUUCAAACUGCAAUGGGGCCACCUGGAAGACAAUGUGUGGUAAUCUACUGUAAAGGCUUUUAUAUUACACAGUUAUUAAUUGGGGGAGAGGGCUAUCUAUGUGAAUACUAUGUGAUUAUUUGUGCCAUGUACAGUUUCUAUAUAUUAAAACAUGUUAAAUCGGUAAUAUGCACUGCUGCCGAUCAUUGUGCUAGUAUGCUAGUAAGUUUAGAAUCAAUAAAUAUUAUUUUCAACA